AUGAUGUUGCUGCUCUUCUACUUUGCCAUUCUGCUAGGUGGGGGUCAGGCUUCGUUGACAUGUGUCCCCUCCAACACUGGCACCACAAUUCCGAUCGGUGUCUUCCAUGCGAGAGGCGGGCACGACUCCAUUUUCACCCCGGAGGUGGAGCCGGCGGUGAAUGUGGCCCUGGAUCACAUCCACAACCAAUCCUGCAUCCUCGACGGCUACAAGCUGCAGCUAACGUAUAAAGAUACGCAGUGCAAAACUUCCACCGGGAUGAAGGCCCUAUUCGAUGUCGUCGCUUCAAUGCCGCGGCCUGUGGCGAUUUUUGGUGGCGUAUGCACCGAGGUCAACGAGCCGAUAGCCGCAGCUCUAAAGUAUUGGCAAAUUGCUCAGCUGAGCUACGCGGAAACGCAUCCGAAGUUUGGGACGGCCGAUUCGAGCGAGUUGUACCCGACGUUCUUCCGUAUCGUGCCCGGGAGGACUAACCUGAACUUGGCCAAGACGAGGCUUGUCUCCCACUUCAAGUGGAAGCGCAUUGGGACGGUGAAGCAGGCAGACGAGCCCCGAUACGCUUUGCCCCACGAGACGUUGACGACACGAUUUGAGGAGGCAGAGGUCAAGGUGGUCUACACGGCUGGAGUGACCUGGCAGGAACAGGAGAAUAUCGGCAAUGAGCUUUCGUUGUUAAAGGCCCGUGAUGUGCGCAUCAUAUUGGCCGACGUGGCCGAGGAGCUCUUGCCGCGGGUGAUGUGCGGGGCCGAGUCGCUGGGGAUGACGGGAAAAGACUUUGUGUGGAUACUGCCGGGCUACCACUCAACCAGUUGGAUCAGCAAGCCAAUCAACGGAUGCACCGAAGAGCAACUUCUCUCGGCCAUCGACGGACAUUUUGCCGUGCAAUUCGCUACGCAACGCUCCGAUUUGAACAGCUACGUGGUCGGCGGAAAGAAAGCCGGCGACAUCAUCCGGGAACUAACGGAGUCGUGCGGCCGUGAUCAGUGUUCGAAGAAGAAUAUUUUUCAAGGCUACGUCUACGAUGGGCUAUGGGCACUGGCGAUCGCAUUGAAGGAGGCUCUCGGCAACGACGCUUUUUCCCACACCCGUCUCAUCGACGCCAUUGCCAACAGCAAGUUUGAAGGAGUGACGGGCCAAGUCCGCUUCGAGAAGAACGAACGGCUUGGCAUCGCCGAGGUUCUGUGGUUCCAAAACGGCAGCUACCACCAUGCGGCCCAUUAUGACGGGGCCCGCGACGAGUUCAGGGUGGCCGACAUUUUGAAUGGAUGGCAACGACCAGAAGACGCGCCUGAGCGGCGUGUUGUUCUACAACACGUCUCAUCAUGGUUAUUCGGGGCGGUCACGUUUUUCGCGUCGCUGGGCUGCUUGUUGGCUCUGCUUUUCCUCGCGCUCAACAUCAAGUACCGGAACCAUAGAUUCAUCAAAAUGUCGUCACCAAACAUGAACAACCUGAUCAUCCUCGGCUCAAUGUGCACGUUUAUUUCGGUGGUCCUCGUCGGUGUUGACACACGGCUGCUGUCGGAAGGGAUGUUUGUAAAGAUGUGCUACGCCAAAACCUGGACGCUCUGCCUUGGCUUCACCCUGGCCUUCGGGGCCAUGUUCGCAAAGACGUGGCGCGUGCACUCGAUUUUUACGAAUAUUCGCAUGGACAAGAAGGCGAUUAAGGAUUCCCGUCUCCUUUUGAUGCAACAAAACAACGUGGAGAUUGAGCCGAAGCUGGAAUACUGCGACUCGCGAAAUUCCCUCGUCUUCCAGGCGAUACUUUUCGCGGUGAAGGGCGUCUUAAUGAUGCUUGGCUGUUUCCUAGCCUGGGAAACGCGUCACGUCAAUGUUCCGGCAUUGAACGACAGCAAAUACAUCGGAAUGUCCGUCUACAUCGUGGUGGUGAUGAGCACGCUCGGCGUAUCGAUUGCCUUUAUUUUACAGGAACGAGUAAACGAAUCCUUCGCCAUGACGUCGUUAUUCGUGGUGGUGUCCACGGCGUUGACGCUGUGCCUCGUAUUCGUGCCAAAGAUGGUCGAACUCGUCCGAAAUCCGGCCGGAAUCGAGCAGAAGGGCUAUAGGCGGGGACUGAUGAAGAGCGUCGUCAGCAAGGCCCCCGUAAAUGCGCAUAAUCCCAGCCCGUCAUACACUGGGAAAGAAACGGAAAAGGAUCUCCUGGCGCGCGCCGAGGCCGAAAAUCAGUUGAAGCAGCGCUAUCUGCACCAGAAAACCUGCCAACUCUGGGAGCUGCUUGAGCGGCUGCGGGAGCUGGGAGAUACACAAUUCCUGCAACAAGGUGGGCCCAAAGGCAGAUACAUGUAUUUAAUUUAUUCUCAAAAGCAUAUGCCAAAAAUCGAUACAAUUUUAAUACAAUACGAGCACCCGUUUGUGGUUGGUGAG